AAUGGAACAAAAAUUUGAUUCGAAUAAUAAUGCAAAAUAAACAUUUAAUAUGCAUACAUUUGAUGCAAAUAACAAUCAAUUCGCUUUGGCAGUGUGUGGUAAAAAGCUGGCUAAAACAUUCCAUUCGAAUCGAGGGGCGUGUCUACGGUGCGAACAGCAUAAUAGCAUAAAAACCAGCAUAGCCCAUGCUCGGGUACAUACCACUUCAUUCGUAUUUGCUUCGCCGUCACUUCGUGCAGCUGUCGUACUCAUUUCCACUGCUAGGCGGUGAUGCCGAUACGCGGGUUUGUUGCUUGCUCGCUUCCACUAAUGGGGCUGGGCGGUUUUGUACGCGUGGUACGACCACGUUCGAUCGCUCUUUCGCUCGUGCGCUCUCGCUCUCGCUCAACCGAAGCGCCGCACUCCGUACGACUGGGUGUGCGCGCGUGUGUGUGCGUGCGAAGCAUUCGGCAAAGGAAAUGCUCUGUACAUAUGUAAUGUAAGCGAAAUACAGAUGAGAAGUUGAAGUUGAAUUGAAAUGAAAAUACAGUUGAAAUGAAAAUACAACCCACCUAUUUUUGUUUCAUUUCAAUGUUGUACGAUUAAGUGAUUCGUUCUUUAAUAUAUAUUUUUAAACUGUUAUUUAUUAUUCGUGUGACUGCGGCGACGGGGAUUCGUGUGUAUCUCUCGGUCGUGCUCAGUGCCCCAGCAACAUAGCAAUCCGAUUUAGACACUCGUAACGAGAGCGCGUUUUGCCGUUUGUUGUGUGAUUCUCGGGAAAUAAAAUCUUGUGUCUGCAGAUGGAAAUCUGCGGCUGCCGGCUCCGCUGGUCGGUGUAAUUUUUGCUGCUGCUGCUGGUGCUGCUGCCCCGGCUAUCCGUACGCGUACAAGUCCGAAGAAUUGGAGAAGAGGCAGAGAGUGAAAAAGAAAAUCCAACAUCCAAACGGGAAUCGGCAAGAUCCGUCCGCCUUGCAUAAGUGGCCAACGGGCAAAGCAAUUCGCCUUGGCGGGUGCCGUCGAUCACUUGUACCACGUACACGUUCGUUCGUUUGUGCGUUCGUUUAGGUCGUGCGUUAGUUGGUUUGGUUGGGACAAGGAUUACUGUCGUGUGGCCGCGCGUUGAUUAGUUACCGUGUGUGAAUCGGUGCUUCGGUUGCAGGUACUUUCCUGUGUGCGACGGUAUCUUGAACUUGUGGCGGCUAGGUGUCACUGCUAUUUUGCUAAACGAACGGAGCCCAAUUCUCGGUGCAUCUUUUCGGUGCUUUUGCGAUGUUAGUCAUUGCCCGACUGCUUGGUGUGAUAGAAUUGCAGCAUAAUUCCGCGUGUGUGCACGCGACGUAAGGCGACCAGUCGGUAAAAUGAUGCUCCAAAAUUCCGUGUAUUAUUGGGUGUAUUUCUGACGCUUUUUGAUAACAGUGCUGUUUGGUGAUUGCAAGUGAGAUUUUUGGUUUCGGAAGCGAAAGAAAAAAAGAAUUAAAAAGUGUUGGUGUUUGUGCGUGCGUGCGUGUGUGCGUGCGUGAUCGUUUGUGUGAUAGUUGUGUACGAUCGUUGCGCGAUCGAUCGAACGAGUAGUGUGAUGGAUUCCGCAAUGGAUACUGCGUCAACGGCAAGUGAUCACAGUAUCGCUUCGUCGAACGAUUCCCGCGGACGGCACAUUUCGUCCCCGAUACAGCACAACCACAAUGGCAGCAGCAGCCAUCAGCAUCCGCUAGACAAAACGCGUACACCGACACCCGUGAGCCCGGUGCACAACAGUCACAGUGGUGGCAGCAAUAAUGGGCCGCUGAGCAACCAUCACAGUGGCCGCCAACUUUCGUCUAGUCCGCUGAGCGUCAGUGCCCAGGCCCAGAUGAUGGGUCACAUGGCGCACCCGUUGAGCCCGCCGCACGUUUCCACGCCGUCCAGCAUGGCCGGCAUGGUCGGGAUGCCACCGCGGAUGGCCCAAAAUCUGUCCCAUCUGCCACCGCACGGGCUCGGUCUGCUGAACUCGUUCAUGCAUCACGCUAGUCCACUAGAUCUGAUGGCCGCGGCGCACCAUCAUGUGCCGCCGCGAUCGUACAACAGUCCACCGCCGAUAUCCAGUUCUGAUCCCACGGCGAACGAGUGCAAGCUUGUCGACUACCGGGGCCAGAAGGUAGCUGCCUUCAUGAUACAGGGUGAAACGAUGCUAUGUCUUCCGCAGGCGUUCGAGCUGUUUCUGAAACAUCUCGUCGGCGGUCUGCACACCGUCUAUACCAAGCUGAAACGGUUGGACAUUGUGCCGCUCGUCUGCAACGUGGAGCAGGUACGAAUACUGCGCGGUCUCGGCGCUAUCCAGCCCGGUGUCAACCGCUGCAAGCUGCUGUCCUGCAAGGACUUUGACGUCCUGUACCGGGACUGCACCACGGCAAGAUGCUUGUCGAUAAAGCCACCUGAGAGUCUUAACUCCAGUAACUCUCUGCUAUCGCACAGUUCCAGGCCCGGCAGACCGCCGAAGCGAGGCCCUGUAGGACUUUCCAUGCCAACGUCGCACAUGCAGCAUCAUCCCCAGCUGAAGAAGCAUAGGCUAGACAAUGGAGAGUUUGUGUACGAGAAUGGACACCUCAGUGAUUUGCCCCGGUUGGAUAAAUCACCGCUGCUCGCGAAUGGCUAUAAUGCACCACCGACGCACCUGAACCAUAUACCGUUCAUGCAGAUGAACCCACACCCGUCGGCCGGUGGCCAUCCGCUGAUGAGUCCCGGCGUCAACCCGCACGGCAUGCAGCGACCGGACGGAUCGAUCAUCAAAGGGCAAAACAUCCCGGGCAUGGAGGCGAUUGCAAGGUCGCAUCACACGGGCAUUUGGGAAAAUUGCAGAGCUGCCUACGAGGAUAUUGUGAAGCAUCUGGAAAGACUACGGGAAGAACGGGGCGAUGACAGGACACCAAACGUUGACCACAAACCGCGAGAUCUGAGCUCACAGGGUAGCGGUCCUCCACUGACAGACUCCCCGAAUGGUCAGAGUCCGGCACUGAACCUCUCCAAGUCAGGCAUCGGCGAUCAUGGUGGCGCUAGCGGUGGUGGAGGAGUUGGUGGCGGAGGUGGCGGCGGUGGUGGUGGUGGCGGUGGUGGUGGCAGUAGCAGCAGACCCCAAAGUGAACGAAGCAACCCGAUCUCACCGGAACCGUCCGUCCACGAAGAGGAUGAGAAUAUGAGUGAGGCGAACAUAUCCGAUACGGAAGAACCGAACGAUAAGGAUGAAGACAUUAGCGACUGUGAGCGGGAUCUGCAUUCGCCGGUGCCUGCGGUACUGCCGAUACCGGCCGAGAUCGAGGCACACCGGCAGCAAGCGCUGAAUUAUUCCAGCUUGGCGGCUAGCGUUGCUGUUGGCGCUGUACCAACCGGUCAGGACCCGAACAUAUCAUCGACCGAGACGCUACUGCGGAACAUCCAAGGGCUGCUAAAGGUGGCUGCCGAUAAUGCCAGACAGCAGGAGCGACAGACGUCCUACGAAAAAGCCGAGCUAAAGAUGGACGUGAUCAGAGAGCGCGAGGUGAAGGAUUCGUUCGAGCGUCAGUUGGCCGAUGAAAAGCGAUUACGAGCACUGUACCAAAAGCGAUUCAAAAAGGAGCGUCGGCUGCGCAUCCAGAUACAGGAGCGGCUAGACGGUGAACGGAAGCGGCGCGUACAGCUAGAGGACAUCAUCAAGGCAUCCGGUGCACCGGCCGAAGCGUUGCGAAUCAUUGCGGAAAACAUAAGUAGCGAUCAACAGCAGCGCGAGAAGGAGUCCCGCGAUACGGAACGCGAGAAGGACCGGGACAAGGACCGGGAACGGGACCGCCGGGAACAACGUGAUAAAGGACAGGAACGUGAACGAGAGCAUCUACUUCAGCAAACCGUAUCGUCGGCGGCUUCAUCAUCAUCCGAACGUAAUCGGGUCGACCGGAGCACUAUCGAGGAAUCGUUGCGUGCCGAUAGACAUCGGGUCGAGGCGGAACGUGAACGGCGCGCAUCCUCAUCCGAACGCUACUCGAAGGAGGAAAGUCCCGCACCGAACCUUUCGUCAUCGUCACGCCCGAGCCAGGAAGUGUCACCAUCCCAGCCACCGCUCAGCGAAGGUAAAUCGUGGAACUAUUCCGGCCUCGACAUCAUGGCAACGGGGGCCUUCUGGCAGAAUUAUUCCGAAUCCCUCGCCCAAGAGCUGGAACUCGAGCGGAAGGCACGCCAGCAGGCAACGGAAGGCGAUGUGAAAGGGCCGCUACAGGAUCGUUCGAAUUAUUACAAAAACUCCGUACUAUAUACCAGUGCCACAUAGUUCAAAUUAAUGCUAAUCUUUAUCAACCCCACAUUUGCAACACCACUAUCGUACUGGUAAACACCGCGUAACACAUGUGCAAUUAUAUUAAAUCAGCAAGAUCUUCAAGCAUCUCACCAUCAUAAACCAGCCGUGAUAUGACAAAAUUCAUUAUCGGACACCACUAGAGAGAGAGAGAGAGAGAGAGGCACCCAGCAGAACCCGAAACGUGGCGAAGGAAAGCAGCAGUUAGUUGCAGCAGCAGGUUGCAGCACCAUGUCACAACUAAACGUGUAUACAUUAUAUGCAGGUGCAUGCCAUGGGAGCACCAAAAGGGCGAUCAACAAAAAAAAAAAGAAAAGAGCAGCAAUCGAGUGAUAGACAGUGUAUUAAAUAAUUAACGAACGAUUCACAUUCUCUAUAACGCAAGAAAAAAAAACUUGAUAAGCUUUCGCGCAGACAAGAAACGCCUGACAUGAUCGAGCGUUAUUUUUUUUCCUCUUCCGAAUCGAAUAAAGUCACAGCUUAGAAUGUGAGGCUAUGACUUUCUUGGUAAGGUGAAUCAGUAGAUGAAACACACACAUAACAUUCAAGCUACUUCAUGCGAUCUCAAACUCGACUGCAUGUUGCACUUGCUCUUGACACACAGGGUUGACACAGGCUCGCUCACUAAUAACAUUUUCUAAUAACGCACACUAACGACACAACAUUACCGACAUUGGCGACGUAGUAUAAGUUCGUCCGGAGAAGAAUAAAAAAAAAAUGGUAGUUAAAACACCCUCUCAUUACAGGAUCGUCUCAUACGGUGUAAGUGUAACAUAAUGUAGGGAGUUAUAUGCGCAGUGCCGGUUUUUAUAGCAAACAAAUUAGAACUAUCGGAAAGGAAAGCAAAGAAUUCCGAAUUUACGAACGUAAAGUCAUUAAACAAACAAUCACCCUUAAAAGUAAAUAAAAGAAAGAAAAAAAUGCUUUGUACAAGAACUAUUGGACAUAAAAAAACACACACCACACACAAACUUAUUAAAGUAUUUCACUAAUUUUCGCAUCAACAUCAUGUAUUUCUGACUUGUGGUCUGACUAGAAAACACCCCGACUGGUAGUGGACAACGUUUUGCAUUAGGCAACCUAAAACAUCGAUUCCAAACAUCCAGGUCGAUUUGACAAAAAAAACUUGGAACGAUGAAGGUGACAAACAUAAGAAAAAACAAAAAAACAAAAAUGGAAGGUAAACGAAAGUGAUUAACCGUCUGUAUUUGUGUUAAACUUUAAGGAACAAAUCGAGAAGUAAAACAAAAAAACCUGUGUGUGUGUGUAGCUCACAUUCGAGUUGUAUAAAAAAAGCAACAAACAAACAAACAAACAAAAAAAAAAACGCUGUAAUUGUUCUGCAAAACGGCAAGAUUUUUCUUGGUUUUACUGUUUCUGCAUUUAACCAUCUUCCCCGGGCGGGGGGCGGGUGCUAGGUGAAGCUGGAGCCGUUUUUGUUUUGUGUUUUUAAACGACGAUUUUAAUUAUUUAUUAUCUCGAUAGUUUUAUUUAUGGGUUCUAAUGCCAUCGAUUCCUUUGAUUGGUUUUGCGUGACCUGCUGGCGUAAAAUGACUGUUAGAUUGUUGGCAAACGAAUGAUUUUGCUUCUAAAUUAUUAGACAAGCUUAUUGUUAAGAGGUCUGGACUACAUAACUGUAUAUCAAUACACAAACAUAUGAACUGUGCUAUGUGCUACAAAAAAACACAAAAUAAACCUUAUAUUAACUAGCAUCGGAA